AUCUGCUGCCGAAUAAGUAUCAACAUGCAGGCUAAAUAUUUAUCAAUCAAUGAUGAUUGAUUCAUGAUUUUCUUAAUUUUGUUUCAAUAUGUAAUGACUGUGUAGGAUUGCAACGUGAUUUCCUGUCACUUUGGCAACGUUUAAUUUCCGGCCAAUUGUCUGAUAACAUGCGAUUGUUGUUGUGGUUAUUGUGCUUUUUCGAACUUCCAUGCCGGUUCCUGAAUUUUCAUAUGGAUUUACCAAUUUAGUUUCCAAGUAUUAUUAUUAUAAGUAUUCAACAAGUCUUGGAAAAUUAAACUGUGGAUUGCCGGCUUAGCUUGUGCCUCUUCGUUGUAUUAAUGUAUAAGUUUGCACGACCAAUUCCUCCAUCAAGUGAGCAGCCCGAUUUUCACGUGUUUUUCUCAUUUUUCUAAUUCGUGAAACAGAUGAGCAGAAAAUGGUGACUAUUUCAGCUUCAGCCAGAUACUGCAAGACUAUUGUCUUCUUUCUGAUCAUCAGGCUGAGUACGGCCUCCAAUGUUACCAUCGAUGAAAACGGCUACCUGAUGUACUGUCCUUGCAUGGGAAGGUUCGGCAAUCAAGCAGACCAUUUUCUUGGAGCACUUGGUUUUGCCAAAGGCAUCAAUCGAACCCUGGUGUUACCCCCUUGGGUUGAAUAUCGUUAUGGAGAGUCUCGAUCUAUACAAGUGCCAUUUGACACAUACUUUAAAGUCGAUGCAUUAUCGGAGUUUCACAGGGUGAUUCUGAUGGAAGAAUUUAUGAAGAGUCUUGCCCCAACCAUUUGGCCGCCAGAAAAACGAAUUUCUUUCUGUUACCAACCACGAGGUGAAACGUCCUGCGAUGCCAAAGAUGGAAAUCCAUUCGGUCCGUUCUGGGACACAUUCAAUAUUGAUUUUGUAGGCUCUGAAUUUUAUGGCCCUCUUCACUAUGACGUGUACCACUCACCUGACACGGUUGAAAAAUGGAAAAACAAGUAUGAUGGCGUUGUAUGGCCAGUGAUUGCUUUUACCGGUGCACCAGCAAGUUUUCCUGUGCAAGAAGAAAAUCGUAGACUCCAUAAAUAUCUAAAAUGGAGUGAAACAAUCGAUAGAAAAGCUACAAACUUUAUCAAGAAUUCUUUACCAAAAGGCGGUUUCAUAGGACUUCACUUGCGAAAUGGUAUCGAUUGGGUACGUGCUUGUGAACAUAUCCCUCAAAGUCCAAUGUUGUUUGCUGCAGCCCAGUGCCUAGGUUAUCGAGGCCAGUAUGGACCUGCAACAAAAGAAAUGUGUUUACCCAGUAAAGACAUUAUCAUAAAACAACUAAAGCGCGUCUAUCGUACUAUGAAAGAUGUUGCCUCUAUUUUUGUAUCGUCUGAUAGUAAUCAUAUGAUUGAAGACCUUAAGACUGCCUUCAAGAGUACGAAUUUAACUUUUGCAAAGCUAGAUCAUAACAAUCCUCAUCUGGAUCUAGCAAUUUUAGGUAGAUCAAAUCAGUUCAUUGGUAACUGCAUUUCAUCGUUCACAGCUUUUGUCAAGCGAGAAAGAGAUGCUAGAGGCUUUCCGUCAUCAUUUUGGGCCUUUCCUCCAGAUAGAUUAAAAUCAACCACACAUGAUGAACUAUGAAAUUCUCUCGGUUUCCAGUAACAUAGUGUCUUAGUUGUGACUGCUCAAGCUUCAUUGUUCCUUCAAACAUUUCGCACUGACUUUUCUUGCACUACGCCCCUCAGAAUACUCAGCAAAAAGAGUAGACAAGAAUUUUUUUUUUUGCAUUGAUCUCGUAAGUCUUUCUGAUAUUCAUUUGUUUUUUGUAUGUGCCCACUGCCCAAUGUACUUUUUGGCCAUGUAUUUGAACCAGGAACAAAAGUUAUGCUAUUGUGCACUUGUAAUCAUAAGAACUCCCCGGACCAUGAUAAUGUUCAGGGCUGAACAGGGUCAUCUGAGGUGCAGAUGACAUAAGAGGCUCUUUGAUGAAUCAAAUGAAGCUCUCAUGUUACAAUGCAUAUGACUCCGGAGUAAGGAUUCGGAAUGCUAAGGUAAAACCACAAAAAUCACGAUAAAAAGAUAUCCCUACAAUUAUCCAGUUGUAUCAAUAAUGAAAAAGGAAGGAAAGUACUCAGGACCACAUUUUCUACUAAGCCAGUCAAGCCCUGGCAGUGGUUCUUGCCAAGGUAAGGGAAAGUAAGGUAUGGUCUUAGUUCUUACAAUGAAGCCAAAAUCAACAAAACGUUCAUUCGCAUUGGUUUAUUUUCUGUCUUGGCAGAAAGCUCAAAUAUUUUUCAAUUUUCGAUUUUCAUUGGUCUGCGUUUUCACAUGGGCCAAACUUCUUGCCAAGACUGAAGCAAAACCAAAGCAACUUUGUGUUUUGUUGAAUGCGGUAAGAGUAUAGGUUAGUUUCAUUCACCUUGGUUCUUGUCAGUCUGUUUCCAAUUCCUUGUCUACAAAUCUGUGGUGUAUUUUUCUCAAUCAGUUCCUCAAUAAGCGAAUUUUAUUUAGAGGUACGAUACUACUUUUGUGCCUGAACUGCCGAGCUGCUAUUCCAUUUGAGUUCGGAACUUCUGAUUUGGUGACGAACGAAUCGCAACGUUGGUGCGUGAUUUUGGUACCACCUCGUGAGGUGGUUCUAAAAAAGGUUCGACCUACAAAAACCAACGGAUUUGAUUGGUCGAAUCUGGUAACAACAGUGACCAUUGGUGUUGGUGAUUGAUGAGACAAACCAGAACAGAACUUCCCAAAGAGGUUCAGAACUUUAAAUAAAAUUCGUUUAAUCAGGUACUUUUUUUUGUGCAUAAAAUAUUUUCCAAUGAGCAAUCCAGGAAGGAUCGCAAUUCAAAGUUGUACAUCCCAUAAAUUUGUUGUCAGUAUUUUGUAUUAUGAUGCUAUGCUCAAGACCAGUAUUUUUUAAUGUUUGAAUAUGCACAACAAAGGAGCAGGUCUAAUAUACUUAACUUCAGCAUGGCAUAAUUCAUGAAAGACCUUUAUGUGGAAACUCCUUUAAAUUUUUAAAACAUUAAACAUUUUCUUUAAUUGCCUUCAAGUAUUACUAGUUUGAUUUUUCUAUCAAAGAAAAUUAAAAUGAUGAAUGUUUUUAUUUUUUUAUGCUUUUUGACUUUUUAUGUUUUCAUUCUCUUUGUCCAUUUCACGAGACCAUUUGUAAAUUUCCAUGCAACCAUAAUUUAUGUGAUAUUUCAUUUUAUUAUACUCAAUUCUUUAGCACCAUUAAAUUUUUUUACUAAGUAA